AUGACAGAUUUUAAAAAGGCUAAAGCACUAUAUAAAGUUCAUAUUUACCUGGCUGAGAUUUCUUCUUUGCGUACCUAUUGCACGCAGACAACGAAAGCUUACGGACAAGCAUUAAAAAUUGCAUCGAAUCAAAUAUUUAGGUCAUCGACUAUUCCACGCGACAUGCUACAAAUAGCGUCAUCACAGGUGGAAGUACUUAAACAUCUACUUGAUAACAUUUUUCAGGAAAAUAAUCCUGCUUAUGAUAAUGAAUUGCACAAGCUCAUUAGAAAUAAAUUUGAUAAUUACUAUAAUAGAAGACAUUUUGAUAACGGACCCACCCCAACUGCUCUGGAGGUAGGACGUAUUGUGAAGGCUUCGAACACUAACAAAGCGCCAAGUCCUGAUGGAGUGGAUAACACUAUCAGGGUCAUUUAUGACAAAAUACCAGAGCCAGUUUGCCUUUUUCCAGCAUUUGGUAUACUCAUAGAAAGGAUCGUCUUGGCCCGCCUCCAGUUUCACCUCAAUAGGAUCCAGGGCAUCCAUAUUCAACAAUAUGGAUUCAAAGCGGGUUUUUCUACAGAACACGCAUUACAGCACUUGUUAAGAAUCAUGAUUUCUAACAGAAGAGAAGAUCGACACACGGCAAUAGUUGCACUAGAUGUUCAAGGUGUUUUUGAUUCUCUCUGGUGA